AUGACUGACAUAUACAGGGUGCGUGAAGAUUCCUUUAAAGUUGUGGGCGAUAAGGUUAAUUUGACACCAAGUGAGCAUUUUAAGGGCAAAAAUAUGUUAAAGAUACAAAUAGAUUCCAAAAUUUCAAAGGAAAUAACACCCGAAGAUGUGCUGGAAUCCAUUAAAAAAUUGAAGAAUCUGGAAGGAGAGAAGGUGAUUCGAAUCAAGGACAAUGAGUACCUGGUUUCCCUCCUGAAAAGUGAGUCUGAUGUGUUUAUUCUAGGGGGCACAGUUAGUGAGAGUUUUAGCGCAGAUGAUGGCUAUUUGGGCACAAUUCAUGUGUCGUCACUGCCUGCCAGAUCAGCGUAG